GUCAAUUGUUUCCUGUCGAUAUCUCGGUCCCUCGUGUCCUUUCGUAUCGCCGGUGUUUUCGAUUUUACCUGCUUUCCCAUCCGAAUCGAAGUUUUUCUAGCACUUGUUAACCUGGUUAACCCCGUGAGUCGAUCCCCUUCAAGAUCUUGCGCCUAACUGGACCGCACGCGAUGGAGGCUCAAUCCCAACACAACCCCUCCUCAGCUAUGCUCUACCUCUGCCACGGCUGCUAUUGCCCCGGGCUGUUGAUUGCAAGCUCCAGAUCCAUGUCGCACAUCUCUGGGAGCUUGCAUGUCAAAGACAGCUGUAUUGUUGUUGCUGGCGCAUACGUUUGGAUCAGGUCGCUCGCCUUCGUUGCGUCGCCCUCCGGAUGCGCGUUUGCUGGCAAGCUCGGCGCAAAGCACUGCGGCGGAGACCGUGGGCUUACUGUAUAGCAUAAUAGCAAUUGAUCCUACGGAUCCAUUUCAUCCGGAAGUUUAGACUGACCCUUUGGCGUUGUGUGCAGAUUCGGAUU